AUGUACAGAGUAUUUCCCAUGCUUAUACUGCGGGCAGCAAAGGUGCGUGCCCAGUAUCUGCAGCUGGGCAGUCUUAAUGACAGCUAUACGAGCUCGGCGGCACCGAGCUCCUCGACGCUGGUCGCUGCAGCGCCGUCCGCAACGAACGUGUACACACUCGCCUUUGGAGAGCGCGAAGGGCUCGCCCCUGGAGAGCGGCUGGAGGUGUACGGCAACACUGUGCGACUCGUGCGAACGCUCGCCUACGGCUGCCCACGAGGCGUCACCCCUGAGAGCGCCUUUACGGGAAGGCUGAAGGAUGCGGAGCUGGCCGCCAUCACAGAGCAGCUGGAUGCGCUGAGGUGGCAGACACGCAAGUCUGAUGCGACAGUGCAUACAGGGCAAAGCGUCUACGCCAGUGGACCGGCGCACAGCGGCAUGACUAAGAGCGUUGGCGAGGAGUCACUACACCCGUCCGGGUGGAUAGUGCGAGUGCCGGAAGCGACCAACAGCCGCGUGCUCCAAAAUGCAGUACCGAAUGAAACACAGGCGUGCGCUGGCCGGAGUCUUGCGGCCCAGCUGAGCAAGCUGCGCGCCAGCGAGGAGGAAGUGGUCGUGGCAGAGUGGGUAGGAAAGUCAAAGGGAGAUUGGGAAGCCACUACUGGCAUCUCAGCAGGUGCGUCCUCCUGGUCGCCGAGACCUUCCUCAGCGGAAGCUUCUACGCGCGCAGAGCAGUCAGCGGCUGAGAAGACUAACCCUAACGGCAGUAGUGCGGGUGGGUUGUCUAUCCUACCCACUACACCACUCAAGAGCGGUGCUGCGCUGCCGCCAGGCGCAGGUGGUAUCCUCCUCAUGGAGAACGGUGUUUGCUUCCGAGACCCCGGAUCGUGUGGGCUACGCGCCCUCCGCACGGCUCGCCUUGCCUUCAUCUCCAGCAUCGAGCACACUGCCAACGACCUCGCUCGGCGGCAGCGUCGCCAAUCGUGCGAGGAGGCGCGUGGCUUGGCUGUUCUCGAUGCGAACGCCAUCGACUUCACCUUCGCGCAGGCAGCUCUGCAGUCCACCCUGGAGCUGGGCCUCCACACGGGUGCGGGAUGUCAGAUAUCCCAUGUGCCGCUGACCGAUGCGGCAGCCGCGCACGUGGAGCCGCAGGCUGCGAGCUACAUCCGCGUCGUCGCCGCUGGGCCUGGUCGACGACUGCCAAAGCCCUUCGGUUACCUGCCGACACACUCCAUUGAUGUGGGCGCCUACACGGCGCACCUGCCUCUUCCCGUCGAGCCUGCCGCAGGGGAGAGCAUGGGGAAGGAAGAGGACAGCGGCGGCGGCGCGAGGCCAGCAGCCUCGAGGCGCGGGUGCAGAGACACCAGAACAGAUCGUCAUCAGCUCGCCCUGCAACUCUCCCAAGCCCUUGCCACACUGCGUCGCGGUGCUUGCAUGCUCGUCACAUUUGUGCCGACGUGCUCCAGCAUAGCGGCGCUGUACCAUCGGAUCGAAGCACAGCGGCGUGCGGAGUUACUCAUCGAGCACCAAGUCGUGAUGGAGGCGAAGGCGUGCAUCGCUGAGGCAAUCGCGCGCACUGGCCGGUGGGGCUUCAUUACCGACGAAGUACUUCCGGCCGCGGAUAGUCCGCAGGGCAGCUCCUUUUCUCUGAUUGUAAUGCUCGAGUGA